GCCUUGGCUUCCGCCGGAAGUGCCGCCAUGUUGUUGCUGGCCUCGGGUGUUUGUGGGCGGCCGUGGGCUGGCGGCCGUGUCUGGGUGAGGGGAGCAGCAGUUCCGAGGAGCCGGCCAGGGGGCGCAGGCCACGUCCGGACCCGAGAUGGACGUUCUGAAGUCCGAGAUUCUCCGGAAGCGGCAGCUGGUGGAGGACAGGAACCUGCUGGUGGAAAAUAAAAAAUAUUUCAAACGUAGUGAACUUGCAAAAAAAGAAGAGGAAGCAUAUUUUGAAAGAUGUGGCUAUAAGCCUAUAAGUGAGAAGCCAUCUGGAGAGAUGCCACCUAAAGAAGAGGACCAGAAACCACUAACUUCAUCAAAUCCAGUAUUAGAACUUGAACUGGCGGAAGAAAAAUUACCCAUGACUCUCUCCAGGCAAGAGGUAAUCAGAAGAUUGAGGGAAAGAGGAGAGCCGAUUAGACUGUUCGGCGAAACUGAUUAUGAUGCUUUUCAGCGAUUAAGAAAAAUAGAAAUCCUCACACCAGAAGUCAACAAGGGCUUGAGGAAUGACCUAAAAGCGGCUUUGGAUAAGAUUGAUCAGCAGUACCUCAAUGAAAUUGUGGGUGGUCAGGAACCUGGAGAGGAAGACACUCAGAAUGAUUUGAAAGUGCACGAAGAAAACACCACAAUUGAGGAGUUAGAGGCCUUAGGAGAGUCUUUAGGAAAGGGCGAUGAUCAUAAGGACAUGGACAUCAUCACCAAAUUCCUGAAGUUUUUGCUUGGUGUUUGGGCUAAAGAAUUGAACGCCAGAGAAGAUUACGUGAAACGCAGUGUGCAGGGUAAGCUGAACAGUGCCACGCAGAAGCAGACCGAGUCCUAUCUCAGACCACUUUUCAGAAAGCUCCGUAAAAGGAAUCUUCCUGCUGAUAUUAAAGAAUCAAUAACAGAUAUUAUUAAAUUCAUGUUGCAGAGAGAAUAUGUGAAGGCAAAUGAUGCUUACCUUCAGAUGGCCAUUGGAAAUGCUCCCUGGCCUAUUGGCGUCACCAUGGUUGGUAUCCAUGCUAGAACUGGCAGGGAAAAGAUUUUUUCCAAGCACGUUGCGCAUGUAUUAAACGAUGAAACUCAGCGGAAAUAUAUUCAGGGGCUGAAGAGGUUAAUGACCAUUUGCCAGAAGCACUUUCCCACAGACCCAUCAAAGUGUGUGGAGUACAAUGCCCUGUGAGGUCCACACGCAGCAAGCAAGAACCAUGCGGAACUUCAGCACGCAGUGCGCAGACUUCUGUCAUCACCAGCGGGAAUGAGGACGGAGAGAGCUGGAGCUUCCGGUCUCCGGAUUCACUGCGGAGCUAUGGUGGCUGUCACCUCUGACACUGAUUUCUGUGUCUUGCUUUCAUUUUAAAUCAUGAAAACUUACAUUCUGAAGGCUUUCCCACAGCUACGUAUGCAGACAGCAGUAACAGAUGCGAAUUUAAAGUGACUGACUAAAAGCUGGUGAUUAGAUAAUUAAAAGGAAACUUUGGAGGGUGCACCUAAUUUUUCUGUGAUUUGUACACAGUCUUCUAUGUAUUAUUUAUAGAAAAUAUUUUUGCAUAUUUCAACAAAAAUGGGGCCAUUGAAUGAGACUUGAUCUUUGGCAUUGUGCAGCAUAAUGAAAUGUAAAUGCGGUAGUGUUAGCUUAAGUGUUAUUUUUCUUUUGUUUCAAAGCUUCCUUUAUCUUCAAAAGAGUAUACGUCAUAGCAUUUGUCAUCUGUGAGGGAAGAAGAGAAUUAACAGGAAACAAAAGUGUGAAAAACAAAGGUGGCGUAUUACACCAGCUAAGUUCCAAACGAAGUUAGCACCAGUGUGUCACGGUUGCAGGGGAGGAAGUUGGUCCCGGGCCAAUCUAGAAUGCGCAGGUGUGAGGAGUGGAACUGCGUGGACAGUGCCUGACCGCCCUCUGGCAGAGGAGGCUGGGGCCGGGACUGCGGGCACCACCCCGGCGGUGUGUCCUGGCUCUGGGCUUGCACGGUGAAGCCUUGCUCAGAUCUUAAGUGUCAUCCUUUGAUCACUGUGGCCAGUCACGGUGCUGUGGAGCUGAGCAGAUGGAGCUUCAAGGUGGGGAAGAAGGAUGCUGCCUGACCAGCAGGACGGCCGUGUCAGAUAUUGUAAGAGCAGAGGUCCCGCGGCCAGAGCCCUGCAGCUUCCCCUUUCAGUCACUUGGAGUACUGACAGCAUAGCGACAGCUGACUGGGCACGUGACCUGGUCUUGGUGCGCGCCAGCUUCCUCAUCUUACGGUGACAGUUGUAAUAUACACACCCCGUGUCGUUAUUGUCGUGUUUAAGUAAAGUACUUCGUGCACUGCCUGGCCAGUGGGAAGGGCCCGGUAAGUGGUAGUUGCGGUGUUAGCGUGGUUGCAGUUGCUAGGCCUUUCACGGGCCCUGUGGUUAGAGGCAGUGUGUACUCACGUAGGGGUAAUGCCCGUGGCGUCUGCAGCAACAGCAGUAAUUGUGAAAUCACUCGUCAAACGUUUCCUGUAUGUGGGCUCCGUGGCUGCUUUUACCUCAGCCGGCUCUGCCUGCAGGACAGAGGAGGGCAGCCGAAGGCCAGCGCUGAGAAAGUCACCUCGGCCGCCUGUGGUGUGUGCCUGUGAGACAGUGAUUGCUUCUGCUGGUCACUGAGGAGCUGGCAGUGCCUGGUGUCCUGAAGUGAAUCCGGCCCCACCCUCCGCUUUGGAAGCCUUUUCUUAGGAUGAAAUUCUGUGGAGGUGGGGGGACUUUAUGGCACAGACGAGGAGCAGACCUCCCUGCGAUGUGGCGGCAGUCCACACUGUUGAGGUGUGGUCUUGUGUAGGGCUUGCUUAUAAAUGCCGUUGGAUAAACGCUGCCCUGGUUACUUUUCUGUCACAGGCCACAGCACAGUAGUCGGUGAUGUCACGUGUCCUCCCAUCUGCCCGUCAAUCCCCCACAUGAAGAGAAUGCGUCCUGUGACACCAGUACUUUCUGGGGCUGACAGUGUGAAUAGCCUGACAGACCCAAAGGGCCGUGUGCUUCAGCGCUGUGGCCGUGGAGCAGUGGGAAAUUGGGUGGGGCGAGGCAGGCUGGAGGAGGCAGAGCCCUCUGAGAAAAGUGUUCCGUUGCCCCAGAAGUAGAGGUCUUCAGGUGGCUGUACGUAUCAGGAGGAGGGGGGAAACCGUCUCUCUCAUUCUCCAGAUUAAGAACAUUUACUUCAGUUCAGCAGAGUCUAUGUAUUUAUGUUUUGAACUGUUUAUAAAACAAUAAAGAUGCAUCUCUUCAAAUGUCGCAGUUCUAAAUACA